AUGCGCCGUCCAUGUCCUCUUCUGUUUGUUCUACUACUAAUAUUUAUCCAUGGAAAUCAUAUCGUACGAGCCUUCUCCUGUCCAGAACCGGUUGGACCACGGCCAAAAUACUGUCGCAAAGAGUGCGCCAGUGAUGACGACUGCAAAAAGCAUAAACGCUGCAUGUGUGAUGGCGAAUGUGGAUUGAGUUGUGUUAAUCCUGCUUCAACUUGUCAUUCACUUGCCGAAAUUGACAAUGGGAUCAUUCGUACAGCUGGAGAGUUGAGGUUCGGCUCUAACGCAGAAUAUGCAUGCAAUAAAGGUUAUGUACUGAUCGGCUCCUCUCAAAGACGAUGUCAAGGAAAUCGCGAAUGGAGCGGGGCA